GUCACAGCUAACUUCCUCCUGCAGCAGCAGACUGCGUGAUGAGAGCGCUGGAAAGCACCGGAGAUCAUACCAGCAGCCUGCAGCUCAGUCCAACAGGGAGAGGCAAGAACGGUUAUUUCUUCCUUUCCAGGUGCAUUCGAGACAUGCCUGGAUUAAGCAAACAAACUAUACCGUGCAUUGCUUUUUCAUCUUACAUGGGAAAUACAGAGUGAUACUGUACAGUCUACAGUAAAUUAAACUGCAGUUUCACCAUGACUUCUGUGAACACAUGUGAAGCGGUGAACGGAUCCAGUUUCACCAACAACACUGUGAGGAAAUCAUCUAUAAACCAGCUCUACACGUACUUUUACCUGUUUAUAUUCAUCCCAGGCCUGCUGUGCAACACCCUGGCUCUUUGGGUGCUCUGUCGAUUCGUGAGCAAAAAGACGAAGGCCAUCAUCUUCAUGAUCAACCUGACCGUAGCUGACCUGGCUCACGUGCUGUCUCUGUCACUUCGAAUUCACUACUACCUCAAACAGGACUGGCCUUUCGGUGACGUGCUGUGCAUGCUGUGUUUUUACCUGAAGUACCUGAACAUGUACGCCAGCAUCGCCUUCCUGGUGUGCAUCAGCGUCCAGCGCUGCGCGUUCCUCCUGCGGCCUUUCCAGGCCCGGCACUGGAAGUCUCGUUACGACGUCUGCAUCAGCGGCGUGGUCUGGCUCGUGGUGGGCCUCGCCUGCUCGCCCUUCAUCCUGAUGAGGAGCAGCUCCAGCUCUGCAAACAGAAGCUGCUUCAAAGACCUGCCCAUGCGCAAGCUGGGCAUGAUCUCGGCCGUCUCCAUGAUGGUGGCUGCUGAGCUCUCGGGAUUUCUUGGCCCGUUAAUCAUCAUCGGUUUCUGCACUUACUUGAUCACGAAAUCCUUGCGACAGCGGAACCAGAAGCAGCAGUCCACGAGCAGCACGAGAAAGGCCUUGCGCAUGGUCAGGGUGUGUACAGGGGUCUUCCUCUUCUGUUUCGUCCCUUACCACAUCAACUUCCUGCUGUACCUGAUGGUGACCCAGAACAUUAUCAUGAACUGUGCAGUGAAGCAGGCCGUCCAGCUCUUCCACCCCAUCUCUCUCUGCAUCGCAAGCCUCAACUGCUGCCUCAACCCUCUGAUCUACUACUUUCUUACCACUGAGUUCAAGCUGCAGCUGUCCCAACACAGCAGCUCUGUGCUCCGGGGCCGUCUGAUGAGCACCGAAAGCACGUCUUCCUGUCGGGAGUGAUCAGAGACAGAACCUGAUUUUGGUCCUGGAUUAAUAUCUUUGUUGACCCUGGAACAACAUUUUGAUUUACCGGCCAGAUUGGAAGAACCAGGUUAUAGUUUUUGUGAAGUUUAGGCUUACGAUCAGUGUAUGGAGCUUAAAUCAUUAAUUCAGAUUUUAGGCAUUACUCAUGGGUAAGGUGAGGUUUAGGUGUAGCUAUAUGGUAGGAAUUAAAUUUUUAAAAUUAAAAUAUUGUUUCAAGGUUAAUAAAAUAUGUUGACCCAGGAACACAAAGAAUGAGUGUUUUCUCCACGUGUAUUAAUUUAUUUGGAAUGCCAGAAGAAUCCAAACAUAUCGAUUGCCAAGCCAUAUUAUUUUUAUUUAUCUUCUGGACCUCAACUAGUAGUCAGCAAUACCAGCUCUAUCAAAACUUCCUGCCUUCAUUUUUUCAUAGUUUUCAGUCACGUGACCGAGUCGAAAACCUGGAAAUCAAAACAUCCACAACUGCUCAGAACAACCUCUCAAAACAAUAAAAUACAGGUAUGUGAACAAAAUAAAGUUUUGGCCAUAUGCAAGCCAUAUUAAAGUGCAUGAAACACUUAAUGUGCAUUAAUAAAUUUAAAACAGUAAUAUUAAAAUAUCAGAUAAUCUCUAUAUUAAUGAUGCAUAGUUUACAAAGGAAAGCAGAGGAAGCUGGGAAACCAUUUAAAGUGAACGUCUUCAUCUGCUUGCCUGUACAAAAUAUACAUCAGCAGUAAGGUGUUCAAGGUAUUUUGAAUCACGUAAAACUUCAACUGGCUUUGGUGCUUUUCAACGUACUUUGGCUGCUUAAUUUCUUUAUUCUCUAUAUACGACUUGCCCUUAGUGUGUAAAUCAUGCCUUCAGGCUCUGUACAAACUAAGGUCUAUGCAUUACAUUGCUUGA